AUGGCACCACCACAAAUCAAGACCGUCCUCGUCGUCGGCGCCAGCGGAAUCGUAGGCACGCAAGCCAUCAAACACCUCCUCGCCUCCAACUUCCAAGUCUCCGCCCUCAUCCGCUCCUCCUCCACCAGCACUCCCUCCUUCCCCAGCGAAGUCCGCAUCUUCAAAACAGACUACACCCCGACCUCCCUCCGCCCCGCCUUCGCAAACCAAGACGCCGUGCUGAGCACCAUCUCCGGCGAAGGUCUCGCCCUCCAAAGAACCCUCGUGGACGCCGCCAUCGCCGCCGGCGUGAAAGUCUUCUUCCCCUCCGAAUUCGGCAUCGACACCACGCACCCGGACGCCGCGACGCUCAUCCCGUUCCUGAAGCCGAAGAUCGAAACGCUCGAGUACCUCGAGACGAAGCAGGACCGCAUCGCCUGGACGUCGAUCGUCUCGGGGAGUCUGUGCGACUGGAGUUUGGAUAUCCCCUCGUUCGGGGGGAUCGACGUCCCGGGACGGAAGGCGACGAUUUACGACGACGGGGAUGUCAAGUACGACGCCACGACGAGCGAGCAAGUCGGCCGCGCGAUCGCCGCCGUGAUGAAGCAGCCCCUGGACGUCAUCGCGAACCAGCACGUCUACGUGAAUAGUUUCACCGUCACGCAGAAGGAGGUCCUCGCGGCGCUGGAGCACGCCACGGGAGAGAAAUUCGCCAUCUCGUACGAUACGGUGGAGAAUCUGCGGAAAGUGGGGAAAGAGAAGUUGGCAGGGGGGAAUUUCUACGGGAUGUUGGAACUGAUUGCUUCGAGUUUUUAUGGGAGGUUUGGGGUGGCGGAUUUUUCGAUUCGGAAGGGGUUGUGGAAUGAGAGGUUGGGGUUGCGGGGGGAGCAGUUGGAGGGGGUCGUGAGGGAGUAUGUGAAAAGGAAGGAAGUGAGUGGGUGGAGGGUUGUGAUUCCGGGGAGUGGGGAUGGAGAUGUGAAAUAG